CAUCUCUGCAGCCAAUAUCCAUCGCGACAAAGUGUUCUGCAACAAGAUCGAUUAACAAGGAUAUUCAUACAUAGACAAUGUCUUCGAUUGGGCCCCAACUGCCCCCCAACCUGACCAAACGCAAACGGACUCCAGAUGACCAGGACGAUGCUCGGUCACCCGCGAAACAAGCACGGAAUGCAGAGGAGAUAGAGCUCGGCGAUGAGUCUUCGAGCGACGAAUACGGCCCCAGUGCCCCAAAAGAGCGUUCCCCCGCUGGCCCGAAGGCUUCCAUUGGACCAUUUCGUCCCACUCCUGCCACUUCCAAAUCAAACAAACCCUCACCACCCUCCCCGUCCGAGAGGAGAAUAGGACCUUCCCUGCCGCCCCAACGUACUAUCGGCCCGGCGGCACCCCCGCCUCUGGACUACAACCCAACCGCCGCCUCCUCACCCGCGUCAUCCGACUCGGAAGACGACGGCUACGGCCCGGCGCUCCCAACUUCCAACCCAUCUUCCUCCACGACAACCCGCGGUCCGCAAGUUCCCCGACCCGACGCUACCCCUGCAGCCCCGCAAGGCCCGCAGCGCGACGACUGGAUGCUGGCACCCCCAACGGCAUCGGGGUACCGCGAACGCGACCCAACCAAACUCAAAGCGCGCCGCUUCGCAACUAACAAACCCCACGCGCCAACGCCAGCGGCGGCAGGGGGGCCCUCGGAGAUCAGCAGCAUCUGGACAGAGACGCCCGAGCAGAAGCGUAAGCGCUUGGAGGACGCGGUCCUGGGCCGCGCCGCCCCGGCUGGUUCGGACCUCGAAGCCGCCACCUCGGGCCAAGGCCGGCGUCGCACGCGCGAGGAUGACGAACGGGACCGUAAGAGGGCGGAGCGCAUUGCGGCCGCGCGGGGCAAAAGUCUUUAUGAGGAACACCAGGAAGCGCGGCGCCAGCAAGGUAACCCCGCCGGUAGCCGAAAGACGGGAGAUUACCGGCCGAGGAAGGACGGGGUCGAGGAAGAGGAGGAUGACCCGAGUAAGCGGGCCUUCGAUCGAGAGAAGGAUAUGGCACUAGGGGGGCGGAUUGGAACAGCGCAGCGGCGCGAGUUACUGAACAAGGCCAAGGACUUUGGCGGCCGAUUCCAGAAAGGUUCAUACUUGUAA